AUGGAUUCUCCUUCUAAAAUGCAGGCCCCUUCAACAGUGAAGGUCCUUAGAUCUCCGCUAAAGGAAAGCGAUCCCAACCAUCAGCGUAGGUUGACAAAAACCGGUUCGAUUUUGGCGCCUACUUCUGCUUCAACUCAGUUAUUUCCUGGAAAGAAACGGUCCCUUAAUCUACUGGAAGAAACUGAAAGGGGGCGUCAUAAGCGUUCGAAGCAAGCAGGUUUGCCAUAUAAUGCAGGAGGUGUUUCAAGUAGGUCAAUUGAGGGUGCAGUAUUAAUCUCUAGACAACAAGCGCAACGUCGUGCUGAACAGUCUAAGAUAACGGCAAAAGAUCUGUUAGAUUGGCAGCAAAACUGGCGACGUAUCAUGCGUAAGGACACCAGGAUAUAUUUCGAUACAGCUAUAACUGAUAAUAAGCUGGAGAAGCGAAGGGAUUUGCUCAAAUGUGGAUUCACAUUUCUUGGUGCUCGCAUGAAAGUAUUUUUUGACAUGGAAGUAACAAUUGUUAUAACUAGUCGAAAGUUAGAUAAAUAUGACAAUUUGGCUGAAACAGAUGUGUUAUACAGAGCUCAUAAAACCGGUUACAUGAAAAUAUGGAAUUAUGAGAAGGCUACUCGGUUCUUAAGAAAUUUAGACAUCGAUUUGGAUACUUUAGAAAGUCAGCAGUUGCUGUUGGGUGAGAAUUCAAACGGUUCCAUGCUGUUGAAAACAGAAAACUUGCAUCACUCUAAUGUGCUACUUACAAAUUCACGCUCUGCGGAAACUAAUGUAACGACCACUCUCUCUAAUCUUUUGGAGAACGAGAAAAUAUAUGGGCCAAGUGAUCGAGAUCCCAGGACCAAGCGGGAUGACAUUCAUUAUUUUAAGCAUCCACAUGUUUAUCUGUAUGACUUAUGGCAGACUUGGGCUCCAUUAAUAACUAUGGAAUGGAAGCCUUCUGAACUUACAGACCCGAAUAAGCUGCCUUACCCUACUGUGAAACCAGGUACUUUUGGGAGAUGCCCAUUUGUUGGUGAUGGGAAUUGUGACGAACAGUCUACUAGGCGUAUAACGAAAAGAUACAAGCGAGAUUGUUUGAACGAAAAAUAUGCUUUAAAACUGAGACUUAUUUAUCAGGUAUCUGCAGAACCAAGGUUAGUUUCAACUCUUCCUGAAGAUGAGCAACCUAUGAUCCUGUCCUAUUCUCAAAAAUAUCCUAAUAGUAUGACAAAAUAUAUGGAAGUCAUGCGGAUUGAUGAUGAUAGAUGUAAGAAACCCCUUCCAGUAGCGUUGCUAACGAGGCAGGAGACCACUGGAGAGGAAGGCCUCGCAAAUGACGACUUAUGCAAGCAUAAAAGUAGGAUUCCACAGGAAAUUAAAGCAAGUGGUGUACAUCUAUCCAUAGAUACUAAUGGUGGGUCUUUUUCAGUUGGCAAUGGUUUAGCUCCGAUUAAGGCAUCCAACGUUAAUAAGAACUUAAAGUCAUUGAACAGGCUUGUAGUUGAUCGCAAAUUCACACAGCAGACGAUUCCACCGCCUCCCCAAGCAACAAACAAUAGUGCAUCUGGGACGUCGGGUACUUGCAGUUUAAAGAAAACAACAUCCCUACAGGAAAAUGGUACCGUCAAUCAUGUAGUGACAGCUAUUCCUACUACGGCUACCGCUACGGCUACCGCUACAACUAACGCUGCCGCUGCUAACUUCCCUGCAGCUUCAACGGCUACAACCAUUCCAAGUCCCACUCCUGUAAAGCGCCCUUUACAAGGUAAACUAGGUGGUGGAUACUGUGAAAAUUGUCGAGUAAAGUAUGACCACUUAGACCAGCAUAUCCAUACCGAAAAGCAUCAAAGCUUUGCAGAGAAUAGUAUUAACUUCGAAAAGAUAGACUCUCUUAUUACCACGCUACGCGAAGAAUACAACCUGUACGGCUCAUCACAAUAA